AUGGUGAGGAUCCCUUUGCAGAAAUUCCCAUCUGUCCGAAACCGGUUUGGCCAGUCAGGGCUUCCCAUUGCUGAAGUAUUAAGGCGAGGUGGAUUAAGGACUGGAAAGCCACCAGCUACUGCUUCUGUCACCCACCAGCGUCUCCACAACUACAUGGAUGCACAAUACUAUGGGCAAAUCUGUCUUGGAACCCCUAAACAAUGCUUCAACGUCGUCUUUGAUACUGGCUCAUCCAACCUGUGGGUGCCUUCUUCCAAAUGUUGCCUGAUACAUUUGGCAUGCUGGGUACACAAACAUUACCAUUCCCUGUUUUCCUGCACCCACAAGGACGAUAAAAGCAAAUUUGAAAUUCAUUAUGGAAGCGGUAGCCUUAAGGGAUUCGUAAGCCAGGAUGUUCUCAGGAUUGGCAACGUCACCGUUAAGAACCAGACCUUUGCUGAGGCUACCGAUUUGCCAGGCUUGGUUUUUGUGGCUGCCAAAUUUGACGGUAUCAUGGGACUGGGUUAUCCCUCCAUCUCAGUAAACAACAUCACCCCACCCUUUGAUAACAUGAUGAAGGCGAAACUUCUGAAAAACAAUGUCUUCUCAUUCCAUCUUUGCAACACCAACAAGACCUCACCAGAAGAAAAUGGAGGUGAAGUUAUUUUCGGAGGCAUCAAUCACAACGCCUAUGUGGGAAAGCUUCACUACAUCCCAGUGUCCCGCAAAGCCUACUGGCAGAUCAAGAUGGACAAGAUAACCAUAGAGAAACAAAAACAACCCAAGGAGAAGGCAUGUUGGCCAUGGAACGUGCUUGAAAAAACCAAUUCAUCCACCAUCUGCAAGGACGGUUGCCAAGGCAUUGUGGACACUGGGACCUCUCUCAUUACGGGGCCAAGCACGGACAUAAAGGCUCUGAACGAAGCUAUUGGUGCUCAACAUGCUUUUGGUGGACAGUACAUAGUAGAUUGCCAGAAAUUAUCUGAGAUGCCCAGUGUCACCUUUCAUCUUGAUGGCAGACCCUACACCCUGACCCCCAAAGAAUACACUCUUCAGGUGACCCAAGCAAAAGUGACUGCUUGCAUCAGUGGAUUCAUGAUCCUCGACAUCCCCAAACCCACAGGACCACUCUGGAUCCUGGGAGAUGUUUUCCUCCGACGAUACUACUCAGUCUUUGACCGAGAUAAUGACCGAGUUGGCUUAGCUAUUUCUAAACAGUCUUCAUGUGGUGCUGGUUCUGGUGGAAAAGAUUAA